UUGAAAGAAAUAAUUUGCCAACAGCAAAAGAGCAAAGCUGUCGUGAUGGAGUGCUGGAUUUUGAAUGAGAGUCUCUCUGUCAUAUUAGUACUCUCAUGGUUGGGAGUUAAUUUAUAUCUGUUUAUUGACACAUACUGUUGGUAUGAAGAGGAAGAGUCUUUCCUUUACACACGAGUUAUUCUGGGUUCGACACUGGCUUGGGCAAGAGCCUCUGCAAUCUGCCUGAACUUUAACUGCAUGCUAAUUCUAUUACCGAUCAGCCGGAACUUCCUUUCAUUCAUAAGAGGAGCAAGUAUUUGCUGCAGAGGACCGUGGAGAAGGCAAUUAGACAAAAACCUCAAAUUCCACAAACUGGUCGCCUAUUGAAUAGCUGUUAAUGCAAGCAUCCACACUGUGGCGCACUUGUGCAACCUGGAGCGCUACCGCUGGAGUCGGUCCGCGGAAGCAGAGGGCCUUGUGGCUGCCCUUUCCCACCUUGGCGACACCUCCAAUGAGAGCUACCUCAACCCCCUCCGGACCUUUCACACAAACCCAGCCACCGAGUUGCUAACAACAAUCGCGGGCAGUACAGGCCUGAUGAUCUCUCUGGCUUUAAUCUUGAUCAUGACCUCUUCCACCGAGUUCAUUAGACAGAUCUCCUACGAGUUGUUCUGGUAUACACACCACGUUUUCAUCAUCUUCUUUAUCAGUCUGGCUUUCCACGGGGCAGGUCGGAUGGUUCGAGGACAAACUCCCGAGAGCCUCUUGCUACACAACGUCACCUUCUGCAGAGACCGCUAUGCUGAAUGGCAGGCAACGGCCCAGUGCCCCGUGCCUCAGUUUGCAGGCAAGGAGCCUUCGGCUUGGAAGUGGGUUUUGGGUCCUGUGGUCUUGUAUGCAUGUGAAAGAAUAAUUAGGUACUGGCGAUUUCAACAAGAAGUUAUCAUUACGAAGGUGGUCAGCCAUCCAUCUGGGGUGCUAGAACUCCACAUGAAAAAGCAUCACUUUCAAAUGGCACCGGGGCAGUACAUCUUGCUCCAGUGCCCAUCCAUAUCCCGGCUGGAGUGGCACCCGUUCACCCUCACGUCUGCCCCCCAGGAGGACUUCUUCAGCGUGCACAUCCGGGUGGCAGGAGACUGGACCAGAGCUCUGUGCCAGGCCUUCCAAGCUGACGGACAGGCCCCUCGGGAGCCUCAGAGCCUGCCAAGGCUGGCCGUGGACGGGCCGUUCGGGGCACCGCUGACCGACGUGUUUCACUACCCGGUGAGCGUGUGCAUCGCGGCGGGGAUCGGCGUCACUCCCUUCGCCGCGCUUCUGAAAUCUCUGUGGUACAGAUGUUGGGAGUCACCACACCAGCUGAAGCCGAGCAAGGUGUAUUUCUAUUGGAUCUGCCGGGAUUCCAAAGCUUUUGAGUGGUUUGCUGAUCUCUUACUCUCGCUGGAAACACGCAUGAGUGAGCAAGGGAAAACUCACCUUCUGAGUUAUCAUAUCUUUCUUACUGGCUGGGACGAAAACCAGGCUAUUCACAUAGCUUUACACUGGGAUGAAAAUACUGAUGUGAUUACGGGAUUAAAGCAAAAAACCUUCUAUGGAAGACCGAACUGGAACAACGAGUUCAGGCAGAUAGCCUACAAUCACCCCAGCAGCAGCGUCGGCGUGUUCUUCUGCGGGCCCAGGGCGCUCUCAAAGGCGCUGCACAGGAUGUGCCGCUUACACUCGUCCGCCCACCCCAGGGGGGUCCACUUUUAUUACCACAGAGAGAGCUUCUAG